CCAUGCUCCUGGACGCGGGGCCGCAGUUCCCGGCCAUCGGGGUGGGCAGCUUCGCGCGCCACCAUCACCACUCGGCCGCGGCGGCGGCGGCGGCGGCUGCCGAGAUGCAGGACCGCGAACUGAGCCUGGCCGCGGCGCAGAACGGCUUCGUGGACUCAGCUGCCGCGCACAUGGGCGCCUUCAAGCUUAACCCAGGCGCGCACGAGCUGUCCCCCGGCCAGAGCUCGGCGUUCACGUCGCAGGGCCCCGGCGCCUACCCCGGCUCUGCGGCGGCUGCCGCCGCAGCCGCCGCGCUUGGGCCCCAUGCCGCGCACGUCGGCUCCUACUCUGGGCCGCCUUUCAACUCCACCCGGGACUUCCUGUUCCGCAGCCGCGGCUUCGGGGACUCGGCGCCGGGCGGCGGGCAGCACGGGCUGUUUGGGCCAGGAGCGGGCGGCCUGCACCAUGCGCACUCGGACGCGCAGGGCCACCUCCUUUUCCCCGGCCUCCCGGAGCAGCACGGGCCGCACGGCUCGCAGAAUGUGCUCAACGGGCAGAUGCGCUUGGGGUUGCCCGGCGAGGUGUUCGGGCGCUCGGAGCAGUACCGCCAGGUGGCCAGCCCGCGGACCGACCCCUACUCGGCGGCGCAGCUCCACAACCAGUACGGUCCCAUGAAUAUGAACAUGGGUAUGAACAUGGCAGCGGCCGCGGCCCACCACCACCACCACCACCACCACCCUGGUGCCUUUUUCCGCUACAUGCGGCAGCAGUGCAUCAAGCAGGAGCUCAUCUGCAAGUGGAUCGACCCCGAGCAGCUGAGCAACCCCAAGAAGAGCUGCAACAAAACUUUCAGCACCAUGCACGAGCUGGUGACCCACGUUUCCGUGGAGCACGUCGGCGGCCCGGAGCAGAGCAACCACGUCUGCUUCUGGGAGGAGUGUCCGCGCGAGGGCAAACCCUUCAAGGCCAAAUACAAACUGGUCAACCACAUCCGCGUGCACACAGGCGAGAAACCCUUCCCCUGCCCCUUCCCGGGCUGCGGCAAGGUCUUCGCGCGCUCCGAGAACCUCAAGAUCCACAAAAGGACCCACACAGGGGAGAAGCCCUUCCAGUGUGAGUUCGAGGGCUGCGACCGGCGCUUCGCGAACAGCAGCGACAGGAAGAAGCACAUGCACGUCCACACCUCCGAUAAGCCCUAUCUGUGCAAGAUGUGCGACAAGUCCUACACGCACCCCAGCUCACUGCGGAAACACAUGAAGGUCCAUGAGUCCUCCCCGCAGGGCUCUGAGUCCUUGGCCACCAGCUCUGGCUAUGAGUCGUCCACGCCCCUGGGGCUGGUGUCCCCCAGCGCCGAGCCCCAGAGCAGCUCUAACCUCUCCCUGGCGGCAGCGGCGGCGGCCGUGUCCGCGGUGCACCGGAGCGGAGGUUCGGGCGGCGGUGGCGCAGGCGGAGGGUCCGGCGGAGGCAGCGGUGGGGGCGGCGGCGGGGCUUGA